UGCCGGUAUCGUUGCCGUUAUACAUGCCGACACACUUCCUCACUUGCACCCGGGCUCGCAUACACAGGCACAGACUCACACGGACGUGACAUGGUGAUGGUGGAGCCAACUGUCUCUCGAUCUUUUCUUCAAAGCCGCGUCGUUGCUCGCGGAGAGGAAAUAAUAAUAAAAUCAAGGAACCGGCGAAACCCCGGCGGGCAAAAUGGUGUCCUGGUAUUCCCUCGGAGUCGCCUUUUUCGCCGCUAUCGGCACGUUCCUCUUCGGCUUUGACACGGGUAUUGCGACGACAACCAUCGCCCAUGAAAGCUGGAUCGAGUACAUGCAACGUCCGUCUAAUGCGCUCACCGGUGCAGUGGUAGCCGUGUACAUUGCCGGCGAAGCCGUCGGUGCCAUAGUCCAGACCUUGGUCGGCGACAAGCUCGGUCGUAUCCGGUUCAUGCAGCUCAUGUGUGUUGUCGUCACCGUCGGCACUAUCAUCCAGACCGCAUCCGUCAACAUUGGCAUGUUCUUGGCCGGCCGCGCCAUUGCCGGCGCCGCCGUCGGCGGCAUGGUCGGCACCGUCCCCAUCUACCUGAGCGAGAUCUCGGCCCCGGAAUCGCGCGGCCUCAUCGGCGGCAUCUCCGGGUGCGGCAUUUCCUUCGGAACCAUGAUGUCCAAUUGGGUCGGCUUCGCUUGCUCGUACGCGCCAUACGGCGCCACGCAGUGGCGACUCCCGCUCGGCAUGCAGAUCCCCUGGGGCGUCAUCAUGUUCGUUGGCCUGGCGACCUUCAUGCCCGAUUCGCCGCGACAGCUACUCCGCAAUGGCAAGGCCAACGCCGCGUACAGGGAGUUCAUCAAGGUCCGCCACGACCUCCAGUCGCAUGAGGCAAACCAGGAAUUCGCCCUGAUGAAGGCCCAGAUCGAGUUCGAGCUGGCGCGUGAGGUCAAGACGUACCGCGAGGUCUUCACCCUUUUCGGCCGCCGUGCCAUGGUAUGCAUCGUCGUCCAGACCAUGACCAGCUUGACCGGUGUCAACGUCAUUCAAUACUACCAGACUACCCUGUACCGGUCCCUCGGCAUCGAGCGGCACACCAUCCUCGCCCUCGCGGCCGUGUAUGGCACCAUCGCCUUCGCGUCCAACACUAUCACGACGCGCUUCCUGACGGACCAGUGGGGCCGGCGCAAGAUGAUACUGACCGGGCUGAGCGGCCUCAUCCUGAUUAUGAUCUACGCGGCUGUGAUGCAGCGCUUCUUCCAGUACACCGAAAACCGCGUCGGCAAGGGCUUCGCCAUUCUGGGCAUCUACCUGUACGUGGCGAUGUACUACUCGAUGAUCAAUAGCACGACGUGGCUAUACGGCGCCGAGGUGGUGCCGAUCGCGCUGCGCAGCAAGCUGAUGGGCAUGGCGGCCGCCGGCCACUUCAUCGUCAACGUCGCCGUCACCGAGGCCGGCCCCAGCGCCUUCGCCAACAUCCAGGAGAACUACUACUACGUCUUCGUCGCCUGCACCUUCGUCUUCCUGACGACCGCGUACUUAUACUUCCCCGAGACGCGCAAGAAGACGCUCGAGGAGAUCGCCCAGGCGUUCGGCGACAAGGUCGUCCUCGUCGGCGAGACCCAGAUCCGCCGCGAGGAGGCCAUCAUGGGCGCCAAGCAAGAUGUCGAGGGGGGCAGCUUCUCCAACGCCGAGCAGAGCUCCCAGUCGACCGCUAACCCCCGACCGUGAGGGCGCUUGGUGAUUCUUCUCCUUUUUUAGCGAAGGAUUUUUAUGAGAUGAGAAAUACUCCUCGGUACAUCACUUC